CCUUCGGUCGUUUUUGCUUUUGCUCUCGCACUUGCUGUCACUGAGAAAUUUGAGGUUAUACUGUCAUUAACACAAAAUUCCGUAAAUUGUAUCAUCCCACGAAAUAUUAAUUAAUAUAUUAAAGUCAUGGAUACAUUAUCAACUGGUUCGCUCUCAGGAGCACAGAAAGAAGAAUUGAUGGAUCAGGUGAAACAACAAAUUGCCAUAGCGAACGCUCAGGAAUUAUUGACGAAAAUGUCAGAAAAAUGUUUCAAAAAGUGCAUCAAUAAACCUGGAACAGCUCUGGACAAUUCUGAACAGAAAUGUAUUGCAAUGUGCAUGGACAGGUAUAUGGAUGCGUGGAACCUGGUGUCCCGAACAUACAGCAGUCGUAUUCAGCGAGAGAGGAACAACAUGUGAAAGUGACCACUGGGGACUCGGGGCUAUGGGCCAUCGUCACUGUAAAUAUAGGCGACUUAGUAGUUACAAAGCAUUUGAAAUUGUGUGUUGCGGCUA